AUGACUGAUAUCUUUGGAUACGUUUACGCUACUGCUAUUGCUGUCGGAGGCAUAAUUGGCUAUUUAAAAGCAGGAAGUACUCCUUCCCUGGUAGCGGGCUUGUCUUUUGGUGGUGCUGCUGGAUAUGCUGCCUACAGAGUUAGCCUUAAUCCCAAGAAUUCUGGAUUGGCUUUGAUUGUGUCUUCGGCACUUCUUGUGGUAAUGGGAGUUCGAUUUGCUAAAAGUGGUAAAUUCAUGCCCGCAGGAUUAAUUGCCACACUCAG